UAGGAGCGCAGGGUUCGGGAGGCGGAGCCCCGGGGAAAGGCGGGGCUGGGCGGCGGAGGAGGAGGCUGGACCUGAGAUGAGUGUGCCAGGUCUCGGCGCAGCAGCCAGGCAGCGGCCCGCUCCGGGGCGGGACCAGAGGCGUUAACCCCUUCGUGGCCGCGGACACGUUAACCCCUUGGGGCCUGGCGCGGACUGACUCCUUGGCUUGGAGGCUGGACUCCCCGCGCUGCCCGUUCCCGAUGCGCCAGGCUCGGGCGCGCCGGGCGGAGAGCGCUCGCCCCUGAGCCGCCUGAGGCGCUAAGCCCCGGCCAGCGAGCAGCAGCAGCGGCCCGGCCAUGGCUGACCCCCUCCUCGCCGAGCGCCCGCAGCCGCCGUCCGGCCAAACUUCGGCCGCGGAGCCCGCCCCGGCCCGCCGCGAGCCGGGCGGGAGGUGGGCAGCGAGAGGAGCCGAGCAGCAGGCUGGCAGCCCGCGGGCGGAGGAGAGCGCGUGUCGGGCUUCCCCGCCCGCCGGGGCAUGCCAGGGCGAGGGCCGCCCGGAGGGAGGCGGCGAGGAGGCGGAGGGCGGAGAAUGGGCCGCCGGGGAGGGGCAGCCUCCCGCGGAUGGACAAAGAGCCGGGCCCCAGCCGGCCCCGCAGGGCCAGGGCUAUGCCGGGGCGGGGGGCCACAGGUACCGGCCCUCUGUCGGGGGAGAGGAGGAAUGGCGGCAGCGGCAGCUGGGCAAGAAGAAGCACAGGCGGCGCCCCUCCAAGAAGAAGCGGCACUGGAAGCCCUAUUACAAGCUCACCUGGGAGGAGAAGAAGUUGUUUGAUGAGAAGCAAAGCCAGCGGGCUUCCAGGCUCCGGGCGGAGAUGUUCGCCAAGGGGCAGCCAGUGGCUCCUUACAACACCACCCAGUUCCUGAUGGAGGAUCAUGAUCAGGAGGAGCCGGAUCUUAAGACUGGCCUUUACCCCAAGAAGGCUGCAGCCAAGUCAGAUGAUACCAGCGAGGAAGACUUCCUGGAGGAGGCAGCAGACGAGGAUGGGGGCAGCGACGGGAUGGGAGGCGACGGCAGUGAGUUUCUCCAGAGGGAUUUCUCAGAGACUUACGAGAGAUACCAUGUGGAGAGCCUGCAGAACAUGAGCAAGCAGGAGCUGAUCAAGGAGUACUUGGAGCUGGAAAAAUGCCUUUCCAGGAUGGAAGAUGAGAACAACAGGCUGAGGAUGGAAAGCAAAAAAUAUGGGGGGGACUCUGCAGAGGAUCCUAGGGUAAGAGAACUCGAGCUGGAACUGGACAGGUUGAGAGCUGAGAACCUGGAGCUGUUGAAAGAGAAUGAACUUCACAGACAACAGGAGAAAUCUCUUUCCAAGUUUGGAGAGUGAAACUUUAGGGGGUGGAUGGGGGUGGGACUUUUUACAUUGAUGGAAUGUAACAUUAUAUACAUGUGUAUAUAAAAGACAGUGGAUCCUUUUUAUGAUACAUAAUCAGAAUAAACCACAGCCUUGUAUUGUUUUUGAAGCUAUAGCUAUAGUGUAGUGUGUGUUCUGUUAACUAUGUGCAACUGAGAAUUCCCCCCUUUAAGAUAAAUGUGACUCAAGGGGAGGGGUGUGUCUGUUUGAUGUGCAAGUAAAUUUGACUCAACUUAUGAUGCGUUUUAUGUUUAAACCAAAAGGGAAAAAAUCCAGGGGGAGGGGAAAAAACCCUAGGGAAUUGUAAAUCGGCCAAAUUCUGAAAACAAUAAAAUUCAUUAUAGAGUUCUAAUAAAUUUAAUUACUUGUAAAUGUAA